GAGGAGGCCCACUAUCUUCAAGCCCAUCAUACAUUAGGGCUGCAAUCGAAAAAAACUAAAGCGAUAAACCCUGCUCGCCUUCCCCAACGCUCCGCAAUCUCCAUCUCUCUGUACGGCAGACGGAGUUCUUGAACGAUGCUGAACAAAGUUGUGUAAGCUAGGUUAAAGUUUUGGGUGGAAGACAACCUCUGCCUGAAUCAGCGGAGAGGAUGGGUGGUGGUAGCUUGAAGAGCUUGUUGGCUACAGCAGUCCUAGCGGGAGUGACGGAGGCCAGGGCAAGGAUAUUUGGUCAUGUACUUAACCCUACAGGACAGAGAUCUCCUCACAAGAUUUUACGCAAGAAGCUCAUUGGUGAGAAAGUUGCUGCAUGGUAUCCGCAAGAUAUCACGAAGGAUGACCCUCUUGUCAUGGCUCGUGAAGAACAAGAACGCCUCUCCAAACUUGAAAUGUUGAAGCGGCGUGGUAAGGGACCUCCCAAGAAGGGACAAGGAAGACGUGCUGUUAAACGCAGCAAGUAGAGGUAUUCUUGCUGAGUGGUUUAAUUUGAUUCCAGAAAAUUAUGGUUUCUUGCUGCUUUUGCACCCUGUAAACAACAUUUGCAAGAUUUGAUUUCACCUAUAAUAAUAUCUCAUGCUUGACAUGCUGUUGCUAAGCGACU